AGGCUGCAUAAAGUGACGUCGUUUAAUGCGGGAGAAUGACUAGAACAGGUAAACCGCCAGGAUUCCGAUCUUGUUAUAAGAUGGCAGUGGCACGAAUAAUGGCUUAACUUCUCGGGAACGUGAGAGUGACGGCAAUGUCAUCGUUUUUGACGCCGACGCAAAGGUACGCUGCGGGGGCAUUGUUGGGACUGGCCCUUCAACAGGCCCAGAUCCACCAGACCCGCCCUUUGGGCUCCUCCAUUGAAGAAGAUGAGCGCACCAGCAGUGGUAGCAGUUCCGACUCCGUCUCCGAGGACCCUCAGCUUUGGGUCCACGAAAACUCCGGCCUUCUCCGUCCUGUGUUCAAGUCUCUAAAGAUUGAAAAUAAGGCAUGGACUGGGCUUGAGGAAACUGCUGGCUCUUCUCCAGCAAAGCACCAUGUUGGAGCAUUCUUGAGGUUAAUCUCAGAAGAAAGUGCCGAGUCUUCUGCAGAUAUGAAGGACGCAGAACUUGCUUUGUCAAAAGCUGUUGAUGUUAUGGAAUUAAGCAUGGAAACAACUUCUGAGACAUCCAUGUCUAAGAAGGAGAAGCAUAGAGAGUAUGAGAAUAAAUGUCGGGAGAAAUGUUCUCCUGCUGACAUGCAACCAAACUCUGAAGUGGUAGAUGUGCCUUUACAAGCACAGGAGCUAAAAAAUUGUAACGAGCUUAGCAUUGAACAGACACCUUAUGGUUCCAGCAGUAAAUUUGAUGAGAAACCUGUGGAAGAGGUAGCAAUGCUUAAUUAUCCGAGGAAAGUGACUGUUUUGUAUGAGCUUCUUUCAGCUUGUCUGACAGAUACACCUGAGGAUAACAAAAAAUCUACUCGGAAAAGAAAGGGCUAUGAUGCUCGACAUCGUGUAGCUCUGAGGCUGCUGGCAACCUGGCUUGAUAUCCAGUGGAAAAAAGUGGAAGCCAUGGAGAUUAUGGUUGCUUGCUCUGCAAUGGCUUUGUCAAAAGAGCAAGCAUCAAAGGAAGAAGAAACCCAGUCCCCAAAAAGCCAAUGGACUAAAUGGAAACGAGGAGGUAUCAUUGGUGCAGCUGCAUUAACAGGAGGAACCUUAAUGGCUAUUACCGGUGGUUUGGCUGCUCCAGCAAUUGCUGCAGGAUUUAGUGCAUUAGCUCCUACUCUAGGCACGAUAAUUCCUGUGAUUGGAGCAAGUGGGUUUGCAGCAGCUGCCAGUGCUGCAGGAACAGUUGCUGGUUCUGUUGCAAUUGCUGCAUCAUUUGGAGCCGCUGGUGCUGGACUCACAGGGAGUAAAAUGGCUAGAAGAACUGGAAGUGUCGAUGAAUUUGAGUUCAAAGCUAUUGGAGAAAACCAUAACCAAGGCCGGCUAGCAGUUGAGAUCCUGGUAUCAGGAUUUGUAUUUCAGGAGGAAGAUUUUAUAAGUCCUUGGGAAGGACAAAAUAAUAACUUGGAAAGGUAUGCACUACAAUGGGAGUCUAAGAAUCUGAUUGCUGUAAGCACUGCAAUCCAAGAUUGGCUUACAUCAAGCAUUGCACUGUCAAUGAUGAAGCAGGGUGCCAUGUUGACUGUAUUAAGCACGCUAAUGACAGCUUUGGCUUGGCCGGCAACACUACUUGCAGCUACCGAUUUCAUAGACAGCAAAUGGACUAUUGCUCUGGACAGGUCAGACAAAGCAGGAAAACUGCUAGCUGAAGUCUUACAGAAGGGAUUGCAAGGGAACAGGCCUGUGACACUCAUAGGUUACUCUCUUGGAGCACGAGUGAUUUUCAAGUGUCUGCAGUAUUUGGCUGAAACUGAACAAAAUGCUGAACUUGUUGAAAGAGUUGUUCUUCUUGGAGCACCCAUUUCGUUCAGAGAUGAGAACUGGGAAGUUGCUAGAAAAAUGGUGGCUGGAAGAUUUGUGAAUGCAUUCUCUACAAAUGAUUGGACACUUGGGGUUGCCUUUCGUGCUAAUCUACUUACUAAAGGGUUAGCUGGAAUUCAACCAGUUGAUGUUCCAGGGAUUGAGAAUGUUGAUGUAACAGAGUUGAUUGAAGGCCACUCUUCGUAUCUAUGGGUUACCGAAGACAUCCUGGAUCGGCUCGAACUGGAUACUUACUAUCCUGUUUUUCGGGGCAGUCCUACGGAACACCAGAAGUGAAUCAAAUUGUGUGGUUUCAGUCAGCCCAGCCACCAUUCUCAUCAAUAGAUAUGCUUCUUUGUCAGUUUUCUGGUCAAUGACAUUGAAGCUGUGGUGUGAGAGAAACUCGGUUCUUGCAAAUCACCGGUGAUGAGUGAUGAGUGGCUAACUUACAUAACCAGCUGCUUUGGGGCUUCUUGGCUUCUUUUCUUGUCAAUCCUUCUUGUUCACAGUAAUUACGAAAACUAAAAUGAAAAUAAAAGAAAGCGAUGAUUGAUCGUUCACAUGUCCCAGAAUAAUUGAAUGAAUGAAUGAAUAAUUUUCAUUUAACUAUUCAAAUGAUUA